AUGACCGAAGGGAUCGACACUUUGCAAUCCCUGUACUCGCAGUCGUGGAGGUCGUUUUCCAAUGGCCCUUCUUUAAACGCAGCGGGUGGGUCUCGUCGUACUGCUCGACGAGACCAAGGACAUCAACAAUCAGCUGGGCACGAGGCUUCCAGCUGUCCCACGCUGGUGGAUAGCCACGCCAGCGGACGAGGUAACUCGUCCGGACGCCAUUCACAUCGCGGUGGUUCAAAAUACGCUCCACUGGGAAGCGUUGACCACCGCUUGAUUCCACCAAAUGAUGUGGUGGCGGCGGCGGGAACACCUGGUCCGGCUCAAGGGUCGGAUCAGAUUGAUGUUCAAGAUCUGAACCGUGUAACGGAACAGUUGCAAGAUGACCUGGCUCACGAACGGACUCGGCGUGUGGGCUUGAGGAUCUUGCAAGGUAUAAUUACAAUUCCCAAACGCACGAUCGUUCGGACGAUCGUACCGCUUUUGCGUUCGCGCAACUUGAAAACGAACGUCGCUUCGCUAGUCGACCAGACUGGUUUGUUGAAACAGGACCACUCGAAUGUGGUCUCGGCUCUCGACCGUGGAGGUGUUCUUCGCAUCUCGAAACGGGCUCGUACUGAUAGUACGGGCGGAGACGACCAAAGUAAAACGUAG